AUGGCCACUAACGCAGAGCAAAUGUCGAACAACGGCUCUUACCCAGAGAAAAAUCAGUCUAACAGCGCCGUUUAUGUUCUCGAUGAACGGCGUCGUGCUGCUCUGGCCGAAAUCGACAACGCCAGUUUCUCAUGGUUCCAUGUAAAAGUCUGCCUGGUGGCUGGUGUUGGAUUCUUCACGGAUGCCUAUGACAUAUUUGCUAUUAACAUUGCCGUAUCAAUGUUAGGUUACGUUUACGGAAAAGGCCAGAAUCUGAACACUAACCAGUCGCUGGGUGUCAAAGUUGCGACGCCUGUUGGUAACUUAGUUGGUCAACUCCUCUUCGGUUGGCUCGCAGAUGUUGUCGGUCGUAAACGGAUGUAUGGUAUCGAAUUAAUGAUCAUCAUUAUCGCAACUUUCGGUCAGGCUGUUGCUGGUCAAGCUCCCGCUGUCGGCAUCGUUGGUGUCCUGGUUGUCUGGCGAUUCAUCAUGGGUGUAGGUGUCGGUGGUGAUUAUCCCCUUAGCGCUAUCAUCUCUUCAGAAUUUGCUGCCACCCGCUCUCGUGGUCGUCUUAUGACCGCCGUAUUUGCCGCGCAAGGUUGGGGUCAAUUCGCCUCUGCGAUUGUUGGUCUCGUCGUCGUGGCUGCUUACAAGGAUGCCAUCCUCAAGGCACCUUUCCCAGCAGUAGUCCCAGUCGACUACACUUGGCGUCUCCUCAUUGGUCUUGGAUGUGUUCCAGGAGUUGUUGCUCUUUACUUCCGUCUUACAAUCCCGGAAACGCCUCGUUUCACUAUGGAUGUCGAGCGCAAUGUCCAACAAGCCACGUCAGACAUUGACGGCGUCCUGGCUACCGGGAAAUACGUCGUAGACGAAGAUGCUAUUGUCCAGCGUGUCCAGGCGCCCAGGGCUAGUCGCAGAGACUUUGCGGCAUACUUCUCCAAGUGGGAAAACAUGAAGGUUCUCAUCGGUACAUGUUACUCCUGGUUUGCCCUAGACAUUGCCUUUUACGGCCUUGGUCUCAAUAACUCAGUCAUUCUGACCGCCAUAAAGUUCGGUUCUCCCUCAGGUCCUACAAACACGUCUCAAUACGUCUAUUCCAAUCUAUACAACAUUUGCGUUGGUAACCUGGUUUUAUCUGUUGCUGGUCUUAUUCCCGGUUACUGGGUUUCUUUCCUUUUCAUCGACUCUUGGGGUCGUAAGCCUAUCCAACUCAUGGGUUUCACUAUGCUCGCCAUCCUCUUCAUCAUCAUGGGCUUUGCAUAUGACAGGCUUAAUGCAACAUCAGCCGGAAGGAAUGCAUUUGUGUUCCUAUACUGCUUAGCUAACUUUUUCCAAAACUUUGGCCCCAACACGACCACCUUCAUUGUCCCUGGAGAGGCAUUCCCCACUCGCUACCGUUCCACCGCACAUGGUAUCUCUGCCGCCAGCGGAAAACUCGGGGCUAUCAUUGCUCAGGUUGGUUUCGGAAAACUUGUGAACAUCGGAGGUACCAACGCUUUUGUGCAACACAUUCUGGAGAUAUUCGCGUUCUUCAUGAUCACUGGUAUUUUCUCGACGCUGUUACUUCCUGAGACAAAGCAAAAGUCCCUUGAAGAUCUCUCGAAUGAAGACCAGCACGGCUUCGUCGAAGGUGUUGCGGGAAAUACAUCUCAGCCUAUCCGGUGAGAUUGAGGACUGCAUGCCAGUCAGGCUUUUAGGAUAACGAGUGUCUCGCAUAUGUAGUUACUUUUUCUUGCUACGCAUGCUCUUGGUUUUUUGCCUGUAGAUAUUCGAAUUUAGUUUUACAUAUAUAAUUAUCUCUCAGUAGCAGACUGGCUGUC